GGAGACCAGAGCUAGUGGCGCAGCGCCGCCGAACGCAGCUGCGUGAGUCUGUCUUGAGAGCCCGUGAUCUGAGCCCAGGUCAGCGAUCCGAGACAGGCCGGGGCUGCCCAACCUUUUCGGCCCCUUUUGUGUCAGAAGAGGCCGAAAGCGGCUUCGGUGAAGUGCGAAGCCCCGGGCCGCAGGGGCCCGAUUGGAACUUGGCAGAGUUCGGGAUGCGCCGAGCGAGUUUUUGGAGGACUUGACUCCUCUCCUCUCCCUUUCUUCCCUCCUCCCCCACCGUCCCGGGAGCUUUGGGCCUCCAGCUGUCAGAUCUGAUUUUGCGCCAAAGGGUGGCGAUCCCGAUUUCCGUGUGCAUGCACGGUUUGCAACCUGAGAGCCAGAUCCUAAAGCUGCAAGUCUUUUGACUCGGCUGCUAGCCCGGGUGUCAAAAUUUCGGGUGUGGGAAGCGGAGUCGUGGAGGCCCCGCGCGCCAUGGCGGAGCGGCUCGUAGGCCCGGGGGCCGGGGACUGGGAGAUCGACGUGGAGAGCCUGGAGCUGGAGGAGGACGGCUGCGGGGCGCCGCCGAUGGCCGAUGGGGACGGCGAGGACGACGAGGACGACGAGGAGGAGGAGGACGAAGACGCAGAGGAAGAGGGCGAACGGGAGGAGGCGGGCGCAUCCCUCGGGGCGCCGGGCGGGCCGGAGCAGCGGGAGCGACAGUCGCCGAGGCCGCCGGCCACGCCUCGCGCCCAGCCAGCCGCGGCGGGGCCCGCAGAGCGCGUCGCGAACGCGGGCGGCGGCGCGGAGCCUCGCAAGCUCAGCCGCACGCCCAAGUGCGCGCGCUGCCGCAACCACGGCGUGGUGUCCUGCCUCAAGGGCCACAAGCGCUUCUGCCGCUGGCGGGACUGCCAGUGCGCCAACUGCCUGCUGGUGGUGGAGCGCCAGCGUGUCAUGGCCGCCCAGGUGGCGCUCCGGAGGCAGCAGGCCACCGAGGACAAGAAAGGGCUUUCUGGGAAACAGAAUAAUUUCGAGCGCAAAGCACUGUACCAGAGGCAAGUCAGGGCACCUAGUUUGCUGGCCAAAAGCAUUUUAGAAGGCUAUCACCCUUUAACAGCGGAGACUUACCUAGGAGGAACCCUACCUCUGCCUCCCCCAGUUAGUGACAGAAUGAGAAAAAGAAGGGCCUUUGCUGACAAAGAGUUGGAGAAUAUUAUGCUGGAGAGAGAGUAUAAAGAGAGGGAGAUGCUGGAAACUUCCCAAGCAGCUGCUUUGUUCUUGCCUAACCGUGUUGUGCCAGGACCCGAAUACAGCUCCUGCAAAAGUGCCUACAGCCACACCCCAGGGGAGCUGCCCAGUAAGGACUUCUGCAAUUUUUUGCCUACCUGCCUUGAUCUCACCAUGCAGUAUUCAGGAUCUGGGAAUAUGGAACUGAUUUCCUCCAAUGUUAGUGUGGCCACAACGUACCGGCAAUAUCCUUUGUCCUCAAGAUUUUUAGUUUGGCCCAAAUGCGGCCCUGUUAGUGACACCCUUCUUUACCAACAAUGCCUUCUAAAUGCCACCACAUCAGUUCAAGCCCUGAAACCUGCGGGCAGCUGGGACUUGAAGGGAACAAGGGUCCUGGAUGGGCUCAGUGCAGAUCACAGCACGAUGCCACCGAAACUGGAGAGCUCCGUGGUACUGCCUCACCCUCCGGAGGUCCAGACCUCCAGGAGCGACCUUCAGGGUCACCAAACCAUCCCUGAGAGGUCUGCUUUCUCCCCACCCCAACGGAAUUUCUCUCCCAUUGUUGACUCGGACUCCCUGGCAGCUCAAGGGCACGUCUUAACCAAGAUCAGCAAAGAAAACAUGAGGCACCUUCUGCCACUUAAAAAUAAUCCAUUCCACUCCUUAUUCCAGCAAACGCUUAAUGACAAAUCAGGUCCUGAGCUGAAAACACCAUUUGUCAAAGAGGCUUUCGAAGAGGCCCCAAAGAAACACCGAGAGUGUUUGGUCAAGGAGAACCAGAAAUACACAUUUACAAUAGAUAGAUGUGCGAAAGACCUUUUUGUAGCCAAACAAGUUGGAACAAAGCUCUCCGUGAAUGAACCGCUGUCAUUUUCGGUUGAGUCUAUUCUUAAGAGGCCUUCAUCUGCCAUCACUCACGGCUCCCAGUGAAAGGCUGCUUAAAUGGAAAGGUGGAUUUGCUGCCUUCUCAGAUGGUUCUUGCCAUAUGCUUAUUCUUUUUUAAAGUUAAAAUGUUUGUAUAAAGAAAAUUUUAAUGUAAAUAAGGAUGAUUUCUAAAAAUUCUAUAUAUUCAUAUGCAUGUACCUUUUCUUAUCACCUAAAUAUAUUUAAACUUAAGAUGGAAAUUGCUUAAUGUGCAAAUUGUAGAGUUCUACGCCUUAUAUAGCAUUUCAAAAAGGAAUAAAACUGAUACUGUUCUAAAAGAUCCAGUGUUUGCUGAGCAAAUAGCUGUCCCUGGCUAGAUUAAACAGCUGGUGGCUGUGAAAUGUGCCUUUUAUUUUUCUAUAUUUCUGUGUAUUUUCAAGUGCUGCUAAUGGUCACUGGGGGCUACCCGAGAAGUCUUAUAAUGUUCUAGUUUUGCUUUCUUUUCCUCUUCUGUACCUGCUAGACUAGCACUCUGUCACUGAGCUGUAUCCCCAGAUUUAGUUUUGCAUUUGGAAGGACAUAUAAAUUUAGCUGUUCAAGACUGAGGUAAAAAUAGCUUAAGGAGACUAUUAAGGCUGUUUGCCUAUCAUGGAAUCAAUUUCACGUGGUUGGACAAAGUUGAAAUAAUUUGAAGGGAAAUCAAAUAUAAUAUCUUGUUUAUUUGA